AACAGAGUGGGGGUCACUAGUACUCCUCGCCGAACUGCAGAUCGCGGUGUACUCCAGCCGGCUGGAUCAGUUUGUGGUCGAGGAUGGGGGACGACGCCGCUGAGAGGUUGAUGAACGGCCUGGGAGAUGUGCUCAAAGACAUCACCUCAGGAAAUGUCACGACGGACACCUUCGUCAAGACUGCAACCACCAUCAAGACCAUUCUUCCGACGCUCGGCCACUUCAAGAUCCUCGGAGAAAAGGGCUCUGGAACGAGAUCGAGAGGACCAGUCCAAGACUUCCUCAAGUUACGGGACCAAUGCCUAGCUUCCGGUACCCUGUUCGAAGACCCAGAGUUCCCUCCCAGGGACUCCAGUCUCUACUUCAGCCAGCAACCGCCAAGGAACUUCGAGUGGAAGAGACCUAUCGAAAUACAUCCUGAACCAAAAUUUGUGGUCGAAGGUGCUUCCCGUUUUGACGUUAAACAGGGUGAAUUAGGAGACUGCUGGCUUUUAGCUGCUAUUGCAAACCUUACAUUACACCAAGACUUAUUUGACCUAGUUGUAAUACCUGAUCAAAGUUUUGAAUCUAAAUAUGCUGGAAUUUUUCAUUUUAGGUUUUGGCAAUACGGGAAUUGGGUAGAUGUAGUUGUGGAUGAUAGAUUACCUACUUAUAAUGGAGAACUUAUAUUCCUCCAUUCAGCCGAACCAAAUGAAUUUUGGAGUGCACUCUUGGAAAAAGCUUAUGCCAAACUUCAUGGAUCUUAUGAAGCUCUUAAAGGUGGCAGUACUUGUGAAGCAAUGGAGGACUUUACUGGUGGAGUAAGUGAAAUGUAUAAUUUAGAAGAAGCUCCAGCUAACUUAUGGACUGUUAUGUUAAAAGCCUAUGAACGUCAGUCACUCAUGGCUUGUUCCAUCGAGCCUGAUCCAAAUGUUGUUGAAAUGCAAACACCUGAAGGUCUAGUUCGAGGCCACGCUUAUAGUAUUACUAAAGUUAUUUAUAUGGAUAUUGCUACACCGAAUACUUCAGGAAAAAUUCCUCUUCUUAGGUUGAGAAAUCCUUGGGGAAAUGAAGCUGAAUGGAAUGGACCCUGGAGUGAUAAAUCAGCUGAAUGGAGGUUUAUUUCUGAAUCUGACAAAGAGAAAAUCGGCCUUACUUUUGAAGUUGAUGGAGAAUUCUGGAUGUCAUAUAGAGAUUUUAUCAAAUAUUUCUCCCGGGUAGAGAUUUGUAACUUAAGCCCAGAAACAAUGGAAGAUGUUUCUCCAGAUAAAAAGUGGGUGACCAAUAUGUUUGAAGGAGAAUGGGUCCGAGGUAUUACAGCUGGCGGUUGUAGAAACUUCCUAGAAACAUUUUGGCAUAACCCACAGUACAACGUAAUAUUAACUGAUGCUGAUGAAGAGGAUGAAGAAAAUUUAUGUACAAUUAUUGUAGCCUUGAUGCAGAAAAAUCGAAGAUCACAAAGAAAAAUAGGAGCAGAAUGCUUGACAAUAGGAUUUGCAAUUUAUCUGCUCGAUGAUUCUGAAAAACAUCCUCAACCUCUCGACCUGAAUUACUUCAAGUAUAACGCAUCAGUAGCCAAAUCACCCGUGUUUAUAAAUAGCCGAGAAGUUACAUCCCGAUUUAAGCUUCCUCCUGGUGAAUAUGUUGUAGUCCCAUCUACUUUUGAUCCCAAUGAGGAAGGAGAAUUCAUUCUCAGGGUAUUCACUGAAAAGAAGAAUGAAAUGGAGGAAAGAGACACCAAAAUCAGCAUUGGUACAAUCGAUCCUAGAGUUAUCGAAGAAGAACCUCCACCAGAGGAAGGUACCAAAAAUGAAAAAAUUAGAGAGUUUUUCAGGAAACUUGCUGGUGAUGAUGACGAAAUCGAUUGGGUUGAGCUAAAGGAAAUUUUGGACUACGCUAUGAGGAAUGACGUUCCAAGACAAGAGGAGAAUAUUGUAACCUCUUUAUUAUCACUCUUCUGUGGUCAAUUUUGUCGUGAGGCACCUUUCGCUUCUGCUUUUGAAGUCACUCAACAAGGUUUUUCAAAAGAUGUAUGUAGAAGUAUGAUUGCCAUGAUGGACGUUGAUCGUUCUGGAAAACUGGGCUUUGAUGAAUUCAAACAACUAUGGAAGGAUAUUAAACAGUGGAAGGCUGUGUUUAAAAUUUAUGAUAAAUCAAGUGCUGGCUAUUUGAGUCCAUUUGAAUUGAAAGAAGCUAUGAAAUCAGCAGGAUACCAGCUUAACAAUCACAUAUUGAAUGCUUUAUGUCAUCGUUAUGCAAGUAAAGAUGGAAGGAUAGCAUUCGAUGACUUCAUGAUGUGUGCUGUCCGUUUGAAGACUAUGAUGGAAAUAUUCAAAGACAAAGAUACCAACAAUACAGAUAAGGCCACCUUUACGAUGGAAGAGUGGCUUGAGAACACAUUAUAUUCAUGAAUUUUUCAUAUUGCCAAAUAAAUUUUUGAUCAUUUAUCUUCCACAUUACGUUUCAUCAUGUUUUAUAUUUUUAUAGUAUUUAUCAAUGAUAUGUACAAAUUUUCUAUUGUAAAAUCUUUUUAUGUUGCAUAGAUUUAGUGUCUGUCUUUAGCUUUGUAUGUUUUGAUUGAUUUGUUAUUUGUUAAAGUUCCAAUAAGUGUACUUUUUACAAAAAUGUUUUUUAUAAUGUAUAUAAAACAUAAAUAAAAUUAUUUUCACUUACUUUAGUGGGUGCACUGCCAUGAUUGACAGGUGAAUGAAAAUCCAAUCUUUCCUUCCUCCUUCAUUAACUGAAAAUUUCUUUUUUACAAAGAAUGAAUCCAAAAUUAUUAGUAAAAUUAUUGGAAAAAGUAAUAAUAAAGCCAAGGAACAUUUUGAUAAAAUAUAAAGACUAAAUGAGCCUUUCAGUUGAUAGAAUGACUAAAUCCAAUUUCAACAUUUUUGAUUAUUAAUUGCAGUGAUAUUUCUAGUGGGAAAAUGUGUACCUUUAUUCACAGUUCUAUAUUUCAACAUCGCAAUCACCAUCUCUGGAACC